AUGUCAGCACCCGCAGUUUCCGCCGGGCAGUCUCAGAAUGCUACCUUCAGAGACAAGGAGAAGCCUAUGGCUGUGCGGUCUUCCAACAUUGUCGCCGCCAGAGCUGUUGCUGAUGCUAUCCGAACUUCCCUGGGCCCUCGAGGCAUGGACAAGAUGAUUCGAAGCGGAAAAGGAGAGACGAUCAUUACAAACGAUGGACACACCAUGCUGAAGAGCAUGUCGGUUAUGCACCCGACUGCCAAGAUGCUUGUGAACCUGGCUGGUGCUCAGGAUGUCGAAGCUGGUGAUGGUACGACCUCUGUCGUUGUCAUCUGUGGUAGCUUGCUUGGUGCUGCAGACCGACUCCUGUCCAAGGGCAUCCACCCCUCCGUCAUCUCAGAGUCCUUCCAAAGAGCAUCCGCUGCCGCUGUCGAAGUCCUUCACGACAUGUCCCAACCGAUCACGCUUAGCGACACUUCUGCCCUCUUGCAGGCCGCCAACACGUCUCUCUCAUCCAAGAUUGUUUCACAAUAUUCGAACCUCCUUGGCCCUAUGGCUGUCAACGCCGUAACCAAAGUGAUCGAUGUCAAGACCGCUGACAACGUUGAUCUGAGAAACAUUCGAAUUGUCAAGAAGGUUGGAGGCACAAUCGAGGACAGCGAACUGGUUCCUGGCCUGGUAUUGAACCAGCCAGUUCUGAAGAACGCCGGUGGCCCUAUUCGAAUGGAGAAGGCACGCAUCGGUUUGAUUCAGUUCCAGCUCAGCCCUCCUAAGCCAGACAUGGAAAAUACGAUUCAAGUCAACGACUACCGACAAAUGGACAAGAUUGUCAAGGAGGAGCGGUUGUAUCUCCUGAACAUGGCCAAGAAGAUCAAGAAGGCCAAAUGCAAUGUUCUCCUUAUUCAGAAAUCAAUCUUGCGCGACGCCGUCAACGACCUGUCUCUGCAUUUUCUUGCUAAGCUUGGAAUUCUGGCCAUUAAAGAUAUUGAGCGGGAUGAAGUGGAGUUUAUCUGCAAGUCGACUGGCUGCAAGCCCAUUGCAGACAUUGACUCCUUUACCGAGGACAAAUUGGGAUAUGCUGAGCUGGUUGAAGAAGCUGAAUCUGCAGGCUCACGCAUGGUCAAGGUCACUGGUGCCAAGGCUACUGGAAAGACCGUCUCCAUCGUGGUCAGGGGAGCCAACUCGUUGAUUUUGGAGGAAGCUGAGCGAAGUUUGCACGAUGCUCUCUGCGUCAUGCGCUGCUUGGUCAAGAAGAAGGCCCUCAUUGCUGGUGGCGGUGCUGCCGAAAUUGAGAUUGCCGCACAGCUUUCCAAACAAGCCCGCAGCUUGACAGGCACCGAGGCAAUCUGCUGGAAGGCAUUUGCUGAUGCCAUGGAGGUUGUUCCUACUACUCUAGCCGAGAAUGCUGGCCUGAACAGCAUCAAGGUUGUCACGGAUCUCAGACAUCGACAUGAAAUGGGAGAGAAGAAUGCAGGAGUCAGCAUCAAGUCUGGUGGUGUCAACACAAACAUCUCCAAGGAGAAUGUUUUGCAGCCACUUUUGGUGAGCACAAGUGCUAUUGAGCUGGCUGCCGAGACGCUCAAGCAGGAGCGAGCACAACGCGCGAAGGCCAUUGCCACCGAAGCAGAAAAGGCAUUGGAAGCGGUAAAGAAGCGCGCAUCGGCAUACCAGGAAGAAAGACGUCGACAAAAUGCAGCGAAGUUGGCCAGACAAUUGAAGAUGGUUAUUGAGCUUGUGGAGAAGAGAAAGCAGAUUGAGAACAAGAUGCUUGAGAUUGUGAAGGAUGUCCAUUCUACGAUGGAGGAAGUUGAAGAGAUGAUGCUGGAAGGGUAUAAAGGAAGAUAUAGGGACGCAAAAGCCUCGUUGAAGGCUUUUAAUGCGAGGGUCCAUCAGGGCAAGGAGUAA